AACGAGAAACACAAGACAAGAGGCUUAUUAAUAUCCUAGUUGAUACAAUAAAUAGAUUUAUAAAUAAUAAUUCACUCUAUCAGGAACCAGCUCCGGCCACCGGGUAUAAAUUAAACCACGGUUGUCUCGAUAGCUCGGUACCUUUCAGUGAUAUCUCAUCCCUCUGUAAGAUAGACUCACUUUCUCACUUAGUUUCGUACUCGAGCGACGAUUGUGCGUUGGUGUUUUUAAAAUAUAACUCUUUUAUCAUAUCCCGUCACCGCGUACUCUGGUGCAUCUGUAGUAUCUGUAUACCUAACCGGAGUACCGGUAGCAGAGACGGUCUACACGUAUGCGGCCAGUACCAGCACAUACAUACAACCCCAAACAUGAAAAACAAAUCCACACUAUCGACGUCAAGAUUCUCGAGGAGAAGAAAAAAACGAGCUGUAAAAAAAAAUUUAACAUCUGUCGUAGCUAAGCAUUAUAAUGAAAAGUGUGCGAGUUACAUUGACAGAAAUAAGAGUCACAUUCUCAACUUGAGGAAUUUCAACAACUGGGUGAAAAGUACAUUGAUCAGUAAGUUCCCCAAUGAUGGGCAUAGUCAGCACAAAAUCAAAGUAUUGGACUUGUGUUGUGGAAAAGGAGGAGAUUUGCUCAAGUGGGAAAAGUCGAAUGUCACGCAUUUGACGUGUGUUGAUAUUGCCGAAGAGUCAGUGAAGGAGUGCAGUGAUCGCUGUGUGCAAAUGUCCGAAAAACGAGAGCUACCUUUUAGAGCUGAGUUUAUAGUGCAUGACUGUACAAAGGCUGGUCUUGCAAAAAAAUUUGUACACAAAAAACAGGUAUUUGACCUAGUUAGUUGUCAGUUUGCUCUGCAUUAUGGCUUUGAAUCUCGGAGGCAAGCCAAGAACUUGCUCAAAAAUGCUAGCAGGAACUUGAGGUCUGGUGGCUAUUUCAUUGGUACAAUGCCCAAUGAAAGUGAACUACUGUCUAGAUGGUAUGCUACAAAGGAAAACAAAUAUGGCAAUAAUAUUUACGAUGUUGAAUUUUACUGCGACAAAUUGAAUCCACCUUUUUAUGGUGCCAAAUAUCAUUUCUAUUUGAAAGACGCAGUUAAUUGUCCUGAAUUUCUUGUUAAUUCUGCUGUCUUACAGCAAUUAGCUUUGAAGUAUGGCCUUAAAUUCAUAGUGUUCAAGAGUUUUAGUGACUAUUUUGAUAAAAUGAAGGAAGUAGGCAAACAGCUUAUGCAUAGAAUGCAAGUAUCAUAUCCCCCGAAUUACAAAAAUCACAAUUUAAGGAACUCUCGCAAUAGUUGCAGGACUCUUUCGCAAUCCGAAUGGGAAGUUAUAACGCUUUACUCGGUUUUUGUUUUUCAAAAAAAGUAAAGUUAGAUAUUGGAAUGGUUUUUAAGUUGCGUAAAUCAAAU